AUGUCUUCUGUGAAAAAGAACCAGGACGUGGAGGAGCAGAAUGGACCCAACUAUGGCACUGUCGAUGUCAAGGUUGGCACUCAACAGGACCUUCUUGACCUGCAAGAUCUGGACCCUGCAUUCAAUCAGAAGAUGAGACUCAUCAACGAUGCUAUUGACGAAAUUGGUUGGACGCCGUAUCACCUCAAGUUAUUCUUCUUGAACGGCUUUGGCUAUGCUGUUGAUUCAAUGAUCCUUCUCUUCCAGUCCAUCAUUGCGACACAAUCGUUCCGUGAGUUCGGAGAAAAGGGCUACGCCAACGGCAUGACCAUAGCAGCAUACGUCGGCAUGUUGACAGGCGCUCUCUUCUGGGGUUUCAGCGCCGACAUCAUAGGGAGAAAAUACGCCUUCAACAUCACCCUCUUCCUCUGCUCGGUCAGCUGCAUCGUCGCUGGUGGUAUGCCUAAUUGGCCGUCCCUUGGACUUUUUAUUGCACUGGUUAGUUUUGGCGCUGGCGGCAACCUUGUCAUGGAUACAGCCGUAUUUCUCGAGUAUCUUCCAAGUAACAAACAGUGGCUUUUAACCCUUAUGGCGUGUUGGUGGGGUUUCGGCCAAGCAAUCGCUGGUUUCAUUGCUUGGGGGUUCAUGGUCCCUGAGCGUUGGAAUUGCGUUGAUGUCGAGACUUGUACGCGGGGGAACAACAUGGGUUGGCGAUACGUCAUGUUCACAGGCGGCGCCCUCGUCUUCUUCCUAUCGCUUCUUCGAGUCACCGUUAUUAGACUUCGCGAGACGCCCAAGUACCUCCUCGGUGUUGGAAAAGAUGAGGAAGUGAUUGAGACAUUCCAAUACCUGGCGACCAAGUACAAUCGCACUUGCUCUCUCACUUUGCAGGAUCUCGUUGCUUGCGGAAAUAUCACCUCAGCUCACAGCAAGAACCGAUUCUCGAUAAGCGAGACAAUGAUCCAUAUUCGAGGCCUGUUCAGCACCAAGAAGAUGACCAUCUCGACCGCCAGCAUCUUUCUGUCCUGGACUCUGAUCGGUCUUGCGUACCCUCUGUUCUACGUCUUUCUUCCGUCGUAUCUGGCAAGUAGAGGCGCAGUCUUCAACCGUUCACAGUUCGAAAUCUGGCGCAACUACGCCCUGACCAACAUCAGCGGCAUCCCAGGCCCCGUUGUUGCUGGCUUCAUGUGUAACACCAAGCUUGGCCGCAAGUACACCAUGGUCAUCGGCGCUCUGAUCAGCAUGGCUUUCUUCUUCGCCUACACUUCUGUGAAGACUUCUGUGCAAGACCUUACCUUCACUUGUCUGAUCGCUUUCUGCAUCAACAUCUACUACGGCACUCUUUAUGCCUACACCCCUGAGGUCUUGCCGAGUGCUCAUCGUGCUACUGGAAGUGCCAUUGCUGUCGCGUGCAACCGAGUGAUGGGAAUUGUAUCAGCUGUUGUCGCGACUGAAGCUAACACCGACACACCUGCUCCUCUGUAUGUUUGUGCUGCGUUGUUUCUUGCAAUGGCAGCCGUCUCGGCAUCGUUCCCAUUUGAACCGUAUGGACACCGAAGCUCUUAA